UGUUUAAUCAAUUACUUAUUAUACAGGCUGCAAAUGAAAAAGCAAUAUAUCCAGACUUCUGCAAACAUGAAUCUGGGUUUAGAGGGCCACAGAAUUCCCCUCAGUGAUGGCAACUAUAUUCCACUGCUGGGACUGGGUACCUAUGGAGACCCACGAACGACACCCAAAGGAACAGCAUACGAGUGUGUGAAGUUGGCCAUAGAUGUGGGCUACAGGCACUUUGAUGGUGCAUUGGUGUAUUUCAAUGAGCAUGAAGUAGGACAAGCCAUCAAAGAGAAGAUUUUGGAUGGAACUGUUAAAAGAGAGAACAUAUUUUACUGUGGAAAGCUCUGGAAUACCUUCCAUCCACCAGAGUUGGUGAGACCAGCACUGGAAAGGACAUUGAGAACCUUGAAACUAGAUUAUGUGGAUCUCUACAUUAUUGAGCUCCCUAUGGCCUUCAAGCCUGGCAAAGAAUUCUACCCGAAAGACCAUAACGGGAAAUACAUCUACCAUGACACGGACCUAUGUGCCACCUGGGAGGCUUUAGAGGCUUGCAAAGAUGCAGGGUUGGUAAAAUCUCUGGGAGUUUCCAACUUCAACCGCAGACAGUUGGAGCUGCUGCUGCGUAAACCCGGCCUUAAACACAAGCCUGUGUCUAACCAGGUUGAAUGCCAUCCAUACUUUACCCAACACAAGCUCCUGGAGUACUGUCGUCAGAAUGACAUUGUGAUCGUGGCCUACAGCCCAAUUGGCUCCUCCAGAGACCCCUCUUGGGUGAAUCUAAAAUGUCCUCCCCUGCUGGAGGAUGAGGUGCUUGUGUCUAUUGGAAAAAAGUACAAUAAAAGUAGUGCCCAGGUGGCACUACGCUUCAACAUCCAGAGGGGAGUCGUCGUGAUCCCCAAGAGCUUCAACCAUGCGAGGAUUAAACACAAUUUCCAGGUAUUUGAUUUUUCACUCAGCAAGGAAGAAAUGGAAGCCAUUGAAGCGCUUAACAAAAAUAUUCGCUUUGUGGAGCUUCAAAUGUGGAGUGACCAUCCAGAGUACCCAUUUCAUGAUGAAUAUUAAACUUGACUGACAUUGAAAGAUGUGCUGAUUGAAGUCUGUCACAUGUUUAGAAUGUUACAUAUUGUUUUUGACAGUCAUACAAGUCAUUUUAAUAUUUGACACUAGAGGGCAGUGGUGUACAAUGAAUACAAAUACGCAUUCUACAUAAACUGAUAUGAUUCAACUGGAUUUUGUGAGCAUCAGGUUAGAACAAAAACAGCUGAUCUUAACGAGUUGAGGAUAGAACACACAAGUGAAAGUGAAACAGCUGAGUAGACAACAGUCCAUUUACUUUUGACAACUUAAAACCUGAGUCUUGCUGACAAAGGACUUUCUGCACUGUUCCCCUGAUUUGGAUGUCAUGGCUGUAAAAGUUGAGGGUCAGGAGGUCAUGCCCUCCUUUGCUUUCAGCUGUAAUUGCAUGUACUAGACUGCCAAAAUAAAAGCUUUGUUAUGCCAUGCUAUUUGUUAAGUGGCAGUAUUUGUAAUUUAAAUUUUACCCCCAUGUUUUAGUUCCUUGCAUUUAGAAUUUGUAUUUUUUUUUUCUUUUUUUCU